GGUUCACUAACAUAACUUCUAUUCAACGUCUUUUAUCUUCUAGGUAUACUAAUUGCUGUCUUAAUCACCGAGACAGUUCAUAAUUAAUCGUAAUAAUUGAUAAAUUACAAAGGUAACUGAAUGAAGAGUGCAGGGGGUGUCUUGGGCUUAGAGCACUCAAUCAAUCAAUCAGUCAUUAGCCUAAGUACCAAGUAUGGGAUGGACGGCCUUUGCUUUGAUUCUCCCUCAGAAGAACCUUCCUUCCUUCGUCAGUUAUGAUUAGCAUCAGGAUUUUGGGAAAUGUAUGUUGUUAAAUGGUACUAUAUGAAACAUUACCAAUAGCAACUCUUAAAGUUUAUGAGACUACAGUGAAUUAUUGUGCGCAUAUUUAACAAAUUUAAAUAACAAGCAAAAUUUGUUUUGAAUAUUAGAUUCAUACAUCAGCAGCGAAAUCUGGUUGUAGUCCUUCAAGAUAUUGUACAGAUUUAUUCGGUAAUUAUUUGUAAACAAUUCUGUGUUAAGAGUUGUGAAUUGAACACAUUGUCAUUACAGAACAGGACAGGACAAAAGGCUAAAAUGAAUCCAGAAUAUUCUUUAGAAUUCCCUUUGAAAAGUGAAACUGAAGGUGCAUUAUCACUACCUUCCAUAAAUCAAGAAAACAGCAACUUGGCUGCCUUUAGUGGAACCAGUGAUGGAGACUUUUUGUCUCUGGAUCCAUUGAUGGACAUCAAAAUAGAACCAGAGGAAUUCUGUGAGUCUAAUGAAGAUGAUGAAUAUUCAUAUGAAAUGAAUUCAAUAAUGAAUGAAAAACAUCCACAAACUUGCAAAAAGGAAGUAAAACAAGAAAGAAGAAAUAGCCACAAUGGAGAGAAGCCUUUCAGAUCAACUGACUGUGAGAAAACAUUUUACAAGAAAAUUAAUCUUACAAAUGAUAUCAUAAAUCCGACCAAAGAGAAAUUCAUAUGCAAUGACUGUGGGAAAGCAUUUCCCAGGAAAAAUAGUCUUACACGUCAUAUGAGAAUCCAUACCGGAGAGAAGCCAUUCAUAUGCAAGGAAUGUGGGAAAGCAUUUUCUUGUAAACCACAUCUUACAAGUCAUAUGAGAAUCCAUAACGGAGAGAAGCCAUUCAUAUGCAAGGAAUGUGGGAAAGCAUUUUCCCACAAACCAAGUCUUACACUUCACAUGAUAUUGCAUUCUGGAGAGAAGCCAUAUAUGUGCAAGGAAUGUGGGCAAGCAUUUUCCCAGAAAUCACAUCUUACACGUCAUAUGAGGUUGCAUACUGGAGGGAAUCCAGUUGUGUGCAACGAAUGUGGGAAAGCAUUUUCCCAGAAAUCACAUCUUACAGACCAUAUGAGAAUCCAUAAUGGAGAAAAGCCAUUCAUAUGCAAAGAAUGUGGGAAAGCCUUUUCCUUGAAAUGUAAUCUUAUAGUUCAUAUGAAAAUCCAUACUGGAGAGAAGACAUUCAUGUGCAAGGAAUGUGGGAAAGCAUUUCCCCACAAACCAAGUCUUACACGUCAUAUGAUAUUGCAUACUGGAGAGAAGCCAUAUAUGUGCAAGGAAUGUGGGAAAGCACUUUCCCAGAAAGCACAUCUUACACGUCAUAUGAGAUUGCAUACUAGAGAGGAAAAAGAAACAACAUGAUAAAAUAAACCAGUUAAGGCAGAGAUCUCUCAAAUGACCAACUAUAUGAGAGAUCAAAAUCACUCACAAAAUCUGCUCAAGAAAAUAAGAAAGAUAAAGAGAAAUACAGAAUAGGGGACGAACAAGUGAGUGGAAAAUUGGCACUAGUAAAGGCCCUAGUUUCACAAAUAAGAAACAAACAACAGAAGAUAAAAGUAACAGAUAAAUAGGCAAUUUGGUGAAAAUCCAAAGAUUGUGUAUAGGAAGAUGACAAAAGAAACAGCAAUGCCACCAAUAAGCUUCAUCUUAGAAAAAGUAACAAAACUAAAAGAAUAUAGUCAUUUCAAGACCCCAGUAAUAGGCAAGAUCUCAAAUUUCUGGCUAAAAACGAUCACAGCACUACACCGCACUUAUAUGCAAGCCUUUUCAAGAAUAGUAAAAGGAGAAGAAUCACCAGAGUGGCUCACAACAGGAAGCACCAACCUUCUCCCUAAAGGCUCCGAGACAGCUCCCUAACAAAUAUAGACAAUGUUCAGUUGUACUGACAGAUUUGUUAAUGUUUUGCACCCUAAAAUAAGUUGCACUUGAUGUGGAGAUAAUUAUUGUGAACUUAUCUGCAAAAUCUAUAGA